GGAUUUCGUGACUACAAGAACGCCAGGUCAAGCUGCUCAAGCCAACUAUUGACUUCUCGAGGCAGAGAUGGCGUUCACUCUCCAACCCCUCCAAGAAGCCGACGUUGAACACUGCGUCACAAUCUACUUCUCCGCCUUUCAAAACCCACAUUCUCUCGCCUGCUGGCCUCGAACACCCGGCAUCAGAGCUUGGUGGGAGAACAUGAUCCGAUCCGAACUCGACGAGCCUGGAGCGCAUUGGUUGAAAGCCGUGUCAAACGAAACAGGUGCCAUAGCAGGAUUCGUCAAAUGGCAAGAGCCCAAACCUGGAGUGGAGCCAGAUACGAACCUACCAGAAUGGCCAGAGGGAGCGGAUCAUGAAUUGUGCAAUGAGACAUUUGGAGCGUGGGCGAGAGCGCAUAGGGAUUUGAUGGGGAAGGAGGGACAUUGGUAUCUCGAAAUCAUAGCAACGGACCCUGCUUAUCAAGGCAAAGGCGCGGGAUCGUUGAUGAUGCAGUAUGGUUUGGAGAAAGCCGAUGAUCAAGGCGUACGAGCUUUCCUUGAGGCAUCGCCAGAUGCAGUCCGACUGUAUGAGAAAGCCGGAUAUCGCGAAGCGAGGCAUCUCGACACUUUCAUUAACAAUUCCAGAGUCGAAGGAACGAUGUAUCGGAAUCACUUUAUGAUUAGAGAUGCAACGAGGAAAAGUGACACGCAAUGAAAUGAAGAAUUGUCUUCUGAAUUUCCCAG